AUGGAUACCGUUGAAGUACACUCGAAGGAUUUCGUUAUAAAAUGGAUCAAUGUGCCCGGUGAUUCCAUUGUUGAGUUCCAAGUGCGUCCGUUGAAGAAGUCCAUCAAUUUCAGCUUCUAUAAGAAGAACGGUGAUGAAUCCAGUGUGUCGUCUCUCUCUCGACUACAAGAGAACAACGGGUCUCUGUGUCUUAGCACCACCACCAAUGGCAGUUCCAGUGUAAAUGCCAGCACAGAUCUGUUGGUACCGCCAUCAUUGCCUACUGAAGCAGGAGCUGGAGCUUCAUCAUCUCGAUUGAGAUCGGAUUCGGUCAACUCGGUUCAAAGAGUCCCCCCUCCAUACCGUAGAGCUUCACGGUCCUCAGUAACAGUUUCAAGUCAAUUAUCACUGUCGAAUCUUGUGUUGAUCAAAGACUAUUUCAAGUUGGUGGCUGAUGAAUUCGUCCAUGGUAAACUUGAAGUGGGUCCUGGAACUUAUGGGUUUAUGUUUGACAAUACCUUUUCCAAAACCACUGCCAAAAAAGUGUUUUUUGACUGCAGUGUUAUUCCCAAAUCGGUCCCCACUCCUGCUCCUUCUUCUUCUUCAAACUCUGUGCUGUUCUCAGUUGAUCUGAGUGCAACAAAGUCCCAUACCUCACUGGGAGCCUUUAGACCCAAAGAUAGUGAUGUUUUGCAGAGCAUGCUUUUGAAAAAGAGAAGAAGAAAGAAGUUGCAAGGCUUUGUCAAGAGAUAUUUUGUGUUGAACUUCACCACGGGCAAUUUGUCAUAUUAUAAACCCAAUGACAAUAAAUUAAGAGGUCAAAUGCCUAUAAAAUUGGCUAUAGUCAGUGCAAACUCAAGUACCAAUGAGAUCAUUGUGGACUCGGGUAUGGAGGUUUGGUACUUAAAAGCUCUAGACAAAAAUGAUUUCAAAAUAUGGGUCAAUGCCUUCAAUGAAGUUAAAGAUGAAGAGAAAGAUGAUAUAUCCAACCAAAAGUCUGGCACAAGAGUUCCAGAGGCAGAAAUCAGAUCUUUGUUAGUUAAAAUCUCCAACAAAUUGAGCGAAUUGAAAACCACCGUGGGUGUUUCAUCGACUGAACAAAUCCAACAACAAUUGUUUGAUACUCAUGGCGAACUUCUUGAUGUUUUAAAGUAUUUUGAAGAUGAUAAAAGUGCUUCUGGUUCUGGUUCGGGUCUUGGUGAUGGUAUUUCCAUAUUCUCUCUGGGUGAAUUCUAUGAUGCUCAAGAGCAAUUCUAUUCAAGUGUGGUUCUUUUAAAUGAAGAUGAAGAAGAAACACAAGAACAACCAACAACCUCAUCCAAUGGAUUGAAGGACAUCAAGGAAGAAGAUGAACCCGUGGUAUCAGAUGAUGAUGGAGAUUCAUCAUCUGAAUGUGACUCUGAAAGUGACGUUGCUGAAGAAACUGUACCAGAACCAACCAUUGCCUAUAAGGAAGAUGAUUGUGACUAUACCUUAUUCCCAUUACCUCAUCUGACCGUUGUACGGGAAAUUGAUAUCCCCAAAUGUACCCAUACACCACCAAGUAUAUUAUCAUUUGUUAGAAAAAAUGUCGGUAAAGAUUUGGCUUCAAUUGCUAUGCCUGUUACCUUUAAUGAACCAUUAACUAUCUUACAAAAAUUUGCUGAAUUGGUUGAAUAUUGUGAUGUUAUAACCAACGCAUUACUGGCAGAUUUCCCACCAGAUUCAGGUGAAAAGAUCUUACGUAUUGCAACCUUUGCUGUGAGUUAUUUGUCAUCUAUGAGAGUUAAAGAACGGAACGUUAGAAAGCCUUUUAAUCCAUUGUUGGGAGAAACAUUUGAAUUGGUUAGAGAAGAUUUUGGUAUCAGAUUAGUUGCUGAAAAAGUAUCACAUAGACCACCGGUAUUUGCUUAUCAUGUUGAACAUGAAAGUUGGCUGUUAACAUUUAGUCCAUCACCUGAACAGAAAUUCUGGGGUAAAAACUUUGAAGUCACCACAAAGGGAACUUGUAAAUUAACUGAUAAAGUCACUGGGGAAGUUUAUACUUGGAAUCAAGCAAGAACAUUAAUCAAAAACAUUAUUGCUGGUGAAAAAUAUUCAGAACCAACAGACUCAAUGACAAUCAAAUCAUCUAGUGGAUUGAAAGCAGUGGUUGAAUUUGCUAAAGCUGGAAUGUUUAGUGGAAGAUCUGAAGAUCUUACGAUUAAUGCAUUCAAUUCUUCUAAAGAGAAAUUGAAUUAUUCUGUUUCUGGUAAAUGGACAGAGAAAUUGAUUUUAAAGACAACAACAACUGAAAAAGUUAUAUGGGAAGUGGGUAAAUUAUUACCCGAAGCAAGUAAACGGUAUGGAUUAACGGAAUUUGCUGCUUCAUUAAAUUUGGUCACACCCUUAGAAACCAAUAGUUUACCACCAACAGAUUCAAGAUUACGUCCUGAUAUGAAAGUGUACAUUUCAGGGGAUAUUGAAAAAGCAGAAGAAUUGAAGAUCAAAUUGGAAGAAGAUCAAAGAACCAGACGUAAGGAAUAUGAAUCUUCAAAUGAAGAACACGUUCCAAGAUUCUUCAAACAUGUGGGAGGUGGAUCCCCAGACACUGGAGAAUGGGUUUAUAAAACAGGAGAAAACAGUUAUUGGAACCGAAGAAAAAACAAUGAAUGGUCUGAUCUUGUUAAGAUGUGGUGA